AUGCUGAGUUGGAAGUUGCCCAGGCAACUCAGUAUUAAUCAAGUGCCUCAAGUGUUUCGAGAGCAGGGCAUCCUGUUUGGGUAUCGGCAUCCAAGAAGUUCUGUAGCAGACUGUCUCCUCAGUGCCUUCCAGAUGACAAACGAAACACUAAAUAUAUGGACACACUUUUUGCCUGCCUGGUACUUCCUAUGGAAGUUGUUUGCCUUGGCCUAUUCGCUGGAUAUCUGGAACGACAUGUAUGCCUGGCCCUUUCUUGCCUACAUGCUCACGUGCUGUAUUUAUCCUUUCACAUCCAGCUGUGCCCACACAUUCAGUACGAUGUCCAUCCAGGCGAGACAUAUUUGUUAUUUCUUUGAUUAUGGUGCCCUUAGUAUGUACAGCUUAGGCUCUGCGAUUGCUUAUUCAACGUAUGUUUUCCCAGAAGAAUGGAUCAAUAGCACUUUCCAUCACUGUUAUGUACCCAUUGCUGUGCUUAACACGGUCAUUAGCACUGGUCUUUCCUGCUACUCCAGGUUCCCCGAGAUACAGCAGCCCCGGCUCAGUAAAACUCUUCGCACGCUGGCUUUUGCAUAUCCGUACCUGUUCGACAGCACCCCUCUCUUCUACAGGCUAUAUCUGUGUACUGGGGAAAGCUGCAUGGAAAGCGUAAUCCCAGUCCACUACAGGCACUGUGUGUUUGCCUUCCUCACUUGUUUCAUUUUUGCUGCACAUUUGCCUGAGAGACUUGCACCGGGACGCUUUGACUAUAUUGGGCACAGCCACCAGCUUUUCCAUGUAUGUGGGAUCAUUGGCACACACUUCCAAAUGGAGGCCAUCUUUAUAGACAUGAACGCUCGCCGUGACUGGCUCUUAGCUUCCUCACCUCUUCUCUCUUUCUCUCAAACAGUUGGUUCAAUUGGUAUCUCCAUUAUCAUUAGCCUAACUAUCAUUGGGGCUUUCUCACUGGCUCUCUAUUCAACACCAAAGUCCUCUAGGACAGAAAAACUACAUCGGCAUUAA